GUCUUGGAUAGGUCGCCUCUAGAGCAGGUUCGACUUCAACAAACUGCCAUAACAUUUAAUAUAAACGUAAAAAAUUCUGACAUGUUGCUGAUACUGACACUGUCAUUUGAUGGUUUGUUGCAGGAGUCAGGAAGGUCAAAGGUAUCCCUGAUUUCUUUCACAAGGCCUGUUUUUUUUUUUUUUUUUUUUUUUUUGAGUCCAGAAAUUGCCAAGCGAGGACGUUCUAAUGGGCCUUGUACAGGAGACAAAUCUUUGGAAUGAGCUGUGUGCAGGCGACGGUGUCGCCUAUGAUGCAGACAGUUAUCAGAUGGCGCCGACCGUCUGAGUUCGAGUCCUGGAGGUACUCGUCUGACGCCAACCCGUGCAGCAACCUCCUCGGCAACGCCUUGUGUUACAUCAUCUCUGGCACGUUGCUGUUGGUGGUCGGGGUCAUCAUUACUUCUUUGACAUUCCAGAACUUAGACGGUCAGAACGGUGAGAACAAAGAAAGGUAUGCUGGUCCUGUGCUAAUUGCCGGGGGCGUGCUGGUCAUGGCCCGGGGCGCCCUAAGCCGCUUGUGGCCCCGCAGGAGAACUCUGUCAGCCCGCCGAAGGUCUUUGCUUCGCCGCUAUGUCCAGGAGAUCUACAGCAGACCAAUAUUUGCCUUAGAGAACACGUCAACAUUCAGUCUUUGUGAUUUGGAGGUUUCUGACUUGUAUCAUGUCUCUUCAAGGUGGGUCUUUCCAAAACUUGGAAGAAAAUUCUCUACACCACAAUGGAAUUUUCAUGUUGAAUUUAAUAAAAAGAAAAAGAAACAAGACACUGAUGAAAUAGUGCAUUUUCCUGUCUAUCAUAGUAUACGUGACCUUUUAAGAGGCAAUUACUCAGCCUUAGAAAUCUCUAUUGCUCUUUCACUCACUCACUAACUCUCCUGCUUCCUCCAUACCUCUGAUUUUCUCGUAAUGUAGAUAAUAGUUCGAAUAAAUUCAAUUUUGAUCUCCCAUGU